CUUUCGAUGGACAUCGGUUCGGGGUGAUGUUUCGUCAUUUUAAAUCUUUUUCAUCGUCAUCGUCGUGGAUCGUCCUGAGCGCUGUCUGGUCGAGCAAUGCAGUCGAAGGAUGAAGAGGCCACAAACAUUUUUCCGGGGGAGCACACGUGCGAGUUUCAUCACGAACACGGGUCCCCUCCUGAUUGUCUUUGCGGGGGUCCGUGUAGACGGAGAAAGCAGCUUUACAUUCGGUACGAAAUACAUUGGCAAGGAGGGGGAUGAGGGAGGGGCGGGAGCGCGGAGUGCAGAGAAUAGGAAAAAGUCCACGAGUGAGUGGGUGCGGUGGCGUUUGUGUGGAGAUGUACGGGGAACAUGACGUGGGCGGCACAAAUGGAGCAAAAUCGAGAAUCGUCCCUUGGGAGUG